CUCCGUUAGCUUGGGUUCUGCGUGACGCCGGAACCACAGCUGUAGCUAGCCUGACAGCAGCAGCAUCCUUUGGUUGUGCCCGGAUUAAAGUCGACUGGAUAUGGCCGAUCUAUAUGGUUUGCUUUGAUUUAACCUACCAUACAUAGGGCAUGUGGCUCCAUUGAAAACAUGUUUUCAGUCCAAACAAAGGAUGGCGACACAGUGUUAUGCUGGUUUGGAGUCUAGUGGGUUUUCAAAGUGAGCAGAGAUCUUACACUGGUACCCUACGCUAUUAUUGUUGCCUCGUUGUACCCUGGUGAGACAACCGUGUUUCAAUGAGCAGGCUCAGAACCAUGAACUUGAUACGCCUACUUUGUCGCCACAAGACGGUGCUGGUGAUCGGCAGCGUGUGUUUGUUUGCGAUAGUCCUGCUCUUUCUGGCCAAAUGCACAUCAGAGACCCUGAAACAGACUCAAUUAGAUCCUCCAGGCAUAGCCCCCCGUGUCUAUGCCCACCAAUCCCACCAAGAGCGACCUGACCAGGCCUCUCGUGUAAAGGACCUCUCUGCUUUCCUGGUGGUUCUUAUCACGACUGGACCGAAAUACACGGAGCGCAGGAGUAUCAUCCGCAGCACAUGGCUGACCAAGCGGGACUCUGACAUUCUUCCCAUGUUUGUGGUUGGAACCGCUGGGCUUCCUAUCGAAGACCUUCAGAACAUUAAUACAGAGCAGGGCCGCCACAAGGACUUGCUUUUGUUGCCUGAGUUACGGGACUCGUACGAGAACCUCACACUCAAGCUGCUGCACAUGUACUCCUGGCUGGACCAAAAGGUGGACUUCAAAUUCGUCAUGAAGGCCGACGACGAUACCUUUGCCCGCCUAGACCUUCUCAAAGAGGAGCUGAAAGCCAAAGAGCCCAAGCGACUGUAUUGGGGUUUCUUUUCGGGACGAGGGCGGGUGAAAAGCGCUGGGAAGUGGCGUGAGAGCGCUUGGGAGCUGUGCGACUACUACCUACCCUACGCGCUUGGCGGUGGGUACAUCCUGUCCGCAGACCUGGUGCACUAUGUGCGGAUCAACGCUGGCUACCUCAAGACGUGGCAGAGCGAGGACGUGUCCUUGGGCGCCUGGCUCGCACCAGUGGACGUGAGGCGCACGCACGACCCGCGCUUCGACACAGAGUUCAAGUCACGCGGCUGCAGCAACAAGUACCUGGUGACGCACAAGCAGAGCCUGGAGGACAUGCUGGAGAAACACCAGACGCUGCAGCGUGACGGGAAGCUCUGCAAGGAGGAGGUCCGGGUGAGGCUGUCCUACGUCUACGACUGGGGAGUACCGCCCUCUCAGUGCUGUCAGAGGAAGGACGGCAUCCCCUGAUCCCAUGCCUGUGUCCUGGUGUGUUUUAACCAUUUUGUUCUUGAUCGCCUUUAGGGUAGAUAUCCUUGGAUUCUUAGCCAAUGCUUUACUUGUUUUGUCUAUUUUUGUAUUUAUUGUUAAUUUAUUAUGGACCUGUGAGAGGAAACUUCGCGAUUUCUUAAAUUAAACUUGGAUGAAAAAGGGAGGGGUGGGGCUUAUUGUAUUAAAUGUUGGAAAAGUAUUGUAUUUUUUACCUUAUGAUAUUAAUGUAUUGGGGAUGUGUGUACAUAGAGGUGCACACUGAAUGUAAACAGAGUUGUAUAGGGUUCUCCAGAUAUCUCUGGACUUCUCGUGUUUUUUAAUCGAUCAAAGCACUUGGUCAAACUCCUGGUCAAUCGAUCAAACAGCUGAAAAGACAUGCGGUGCAGUGAAUGUACGGUUAUGGUACAGACUUUGGACACUAAGAUACUAUUUAAUAGGGCAUACUGUUUGUUGCACUUAGAACAUGCUACAUGCAGUUGCCCACAUCCCACCCCCAACACCCUCAAUGCAUGUUUCCAGCAACUUUGACAAGAUGCUCCUAUUUGUUAAAUAUUUCCCGUUGCUACAGAAGUUUUGUUGAUGUACAUUUUUGCAACUUACCCACAAUUGGUAGUUCCUAUUUUUUCGAGGAAUUUCCAUGGCUACGCUUUUCAUUUACAAUUACAGUGCUAAAAUAUUUGAAUGUGUUGCUGUCCACGGGUCAGUCUGCUUCAAUGUGUCCUUUAGGUUUGUAAUGCUUUUCUGUUGUCAUUAAUGUAGUUAAUUCGUUUAUUGUUUACAUGUCAUUGUUCAAGAGAUUUUUUUUUCUAAUGCAAACACCAGAAAAAUUUAUAAUAGCACAUUGUUUGUUCAGGCAACAAGCCGGAUACUGCCAGAUAAACAGUCCUUUAUUUUAUGCAUGGUUGUUUUAGGCAUAAAUCUCACUAUACUUAAGACUUAACGAUUGCAGAGAAAGUGACCCUCUGUCUACAGGUGUGUGUGUAAACAGUGAUUUUUUUGUCUUAAUGUUCACAUUUGGCAUGGUCACUUUGUACACAGACCUGGAUUUUCAUUGUUUUAUCUAGGUUCUUCAUACACGGCCUCUGAUAAUAAAAAUACAGUGUAUUUAUACAUGAUAAUGCUGCAAAUUAAAUAUAUUAUAACUAAUAAUGAAAGCAGUAUGUGUAUCUGGCCCAUCUGAUAUAUGUUACCAUGAUUACUGGAUUCAUAUUUAAGGUUAUUGGAAUCUAAAUUAAAUACAAAGAAAAUGUGUUGAACAAA